UCGUACACACACACCGCAGGUAGCGUGUUGAUACAAGUGGUGCAUUGAGCCUCAACAUAUGUCGCCUGCUUAAGUGACUCGCCAGUCCACAACGGAGAUGCCGAGCGUACUCGCUGUUCUGCUGUGUGCACUGGCCCUCUUUCAGGUGCCUGAGGCCGCCACCGGCCAGGACGUGCCCAUCGACGGCAUGGACCCGGAGAAGAUGGAGAUUCUGCGGCAGGUAGUGGCGGCGGCGCCGGACCGCGGCGACGCCAUCCAGAUGGCGAUGCGCGCCGUCUUCGACGAGAUGCGUCGCGCCGCCAGGGCGCAGGGUGGAGAACGCAAGGCCACACCCACUACCGCCCUGCAGGCGGCUCUGGACCGUGGCGGGGAGCUGGUCCAGCAGGCCGACGACGCUCUCCAGAAGCUCGCGAAAGAGCUCACGCUCAUCGCCAAGCAGACAGCUACGAACUUCACGUCGUGCCUGGUGGAGGAACGGGAGCACCUGGCAGAGCUGGAGGCUGUGCUGGGCAGCGAAACCCUGAGCUGCCUGAUGGGUGGCGUAAGGCUGCUGGCUGCCAUCAAGGAACUCAACAGCACGGCCCGGGGACUCAUCGCGGAUGCCAAGAGCUGCUCCAAAGUAGACGACACGCUUGUCAAGAUUCAGUGCCGCUCGCAGCUGUUAGUGGAGCUCGGUCCAGAGCUGCUGUCGCGCACUGCAGAGCUGAAAGAGGCAGCCGCGGAAGAUGCCGAGGCCGUAGCGGACCAAGUGGAAGCGCUCGUGCAGAAGUGCCUGCCGGCCGGGUCUCCGCUGGACCUCGAGGUGCAGGACCUGCUGACGGACAUGGGGCGCUGCACUGCCAGCGCCGUGGCUGCCGCAGAGGGGCGCCGGGAGACCCCCCGCGAGGACCUCUAGCCGCUUGUGUCCACGCCUCUCGUCGUAGUGCAGUAUCUGUGCCACUCAGGCAAAAUUUGUGCAGCUUUUAGACACGAGAAGUAUAUGAGGAAACAUAUGGCUAUACGCAAUGAAGAUUAUGGAAAAAAUGUUUGAUAAACGACA